AUGCUCCUUCAGCUCUCCUUAGUGUGGAGUGAAGACAUCACCGUCCGGACCCAUGGAGUCUCCAGGGGGGCAAGAGGCGAGUCGCGGAAGCGCGAGCAAAGCGAGGCAAAAGGCACCCAAUUCAGUACCGCGGCACCAUUCCACACCUCGACUUCCGCUCAUUGGGGUAAAGAAUCUCAAGGGGCCUGGACAGCUCUGCAGACUAUGGGAGAUUGUGGGCGGGUCGGCUUUCACGGGAAGCACAUCGCGGCCACCGACCAAUGCUUUCACCAUCGCGUGGCCAGGCCCGGUCGCCAGCCUUCAAUCGGCCAUUUUCCGUUGCCCACUCUCACCACCAUUAUCAUCGCCCGGUGCUUGGUCCAAGUACGCCGCAGUAAAGCCGUGGCCGCGCCGGAGAGCUGCGUCACCUUAUUAAUCUGGGAGAUCAUGACCGGCUGGGAAUCCCCUCGCGGAGUCGGUUCAACUAAGGCAGUAGCUCGGCUGCGGGGUUCGACGCUUGAUACGCACCACGGACCCGUGCGCGCCACCGAGACUGAAGCGCAGUCUCGUAGGGAGACACGAAUCGAGCAUGAUUCUCGAAGCCCGGAAGAACAUUUGAGUAGCGCUGUUUGCUACAUGCGCUUGGAUGACCGCCGUAUGCCAACAGCACCCCUUUCAUCCGCUCCGGUCUCAACGCCAAGACCCUCAUCGGGCCCUUGA